UUGAGUAUUUCUUCAUUUUUGAAACACAUCUAUCUUGAAUUUUACUGCUUUUCCCAGAAAUACAUGCCAUUAUUUUUCUGCUGUCAUUCCUGCCGCCAUCUCCUUCCAAUUUACUUUGGCCAGCUCCGGUCCCUUACCACUCUAAUUUCCUUUACUCCACCGCUACGUCAGUCUUUACUUUGUUCCUAUCAAAUUUCAAGUUGAACUCAGUCAUAUUGUGAUCACUCUCUCCAAAGGGGUCCUUUACCUUAAGGUCCCUAAUCGCCUCCGGUUCAUUAUAUAACACCCAAUCCAGUAUAACUGAUCCCUUUGUAGGCUCAACGACAAACUGCACUACAAAGCCACCUCGUAGGCAUCUAACAAAUUCAUUCUCUUAGGAUCCAUCACCAGCCUGAUUUUCCCUAUCUAUCUCCUUGUUAAAAUCUCCCAUGACUAUCACAACAUUGCCCUUUUGACAUGCCUUUUCUAUUUCCCAUUGUAAUCUGUGGUACAUAUCCCAGCUAUUGUUUGGAGGCCUGUAUAUAACUGCCAUCGGGGUCCUUUUACCCUUGCGGUAUAACUCAACCCACAAGAUCAUCCACCUUAUUUCUUAUACUCUGUGCAUUGAGAUAUAACACUUUGCGAGUACUGCACUUGCUACCUUUUUUGAAUCUGCAUUGCUAAUGCACUGAUACUCACCCUGUUGGCUACAAUUUUGUUCUAUCAUCUGCCUGCCCUUUCUGACAGUUUGACUGCAUUCAAUUUUUUUUUUAAUAAUCUGUUCUAUCCCGAGUCCCUUCACUCCGGUUCCCAUCCCCCUGCCAAAUUAGUUUAAUCUCUCCCAAACAGCUCUAACAAUCCAUGAUCAUGAGCACAUUUGGGGUAUAAUAUACUUUGGAAUACCCUGAGGACGUUGAAUUUGAAAUAGUAAAAAUGGAAUUUCAUUAGUUAUACCUGAAAGUGGCACAAUUAAUUUUGAAAUUAUAUUUAUCGUUAAUAUUGUCAGUUACAAAACUGAUAUUAGUUACCCAGUAAAAUUAGUUGCAAUUAUGACUCCUGUGUAAAAUAUACAUCAUUAUAUUACUGGUGAGGGGUAAAAGAAUUCUUUUACUUAUCAGUUCAAUAUGUAGACUCAUGAUAUAGAGAAGUUGCUUAGCACUUAUUUGUGAAUGAUGAGGCACUCACAACCGAUGAGCAGCGUCCAUCAGCAAUGACUCCCACCAUAUGGAGGAAUCUAAGGUGGGGGCUUAUAUGGGAGGCAGGGUUUGAGGGUCGGCACAACAUUGUGGGCUGAAGGGCCUGUACUGUGCUGUACGAUUCUAUGUUCUAUGUUCCAUCCAGGCCAUAAACUCUUCUCACUACUACCAUUGAGAAGGAACUACAGCAAUCUGAGGUCCCACACCAUCUCUUAAGCCAUCAGGCUCUUGAACCAGUGUGGAUAACUUCACUCACCUCUACUCUGGACAAAUUCCACAAUCUCCAGACUCACUUUCAAGAACUACCCCUCAUGUUUUCAGUUCUUUUGAAGACCCUGAUCUGGAGUUACACUCUGACUUCGGUUCUUUGGAGGAAUGGGAUCUGCUCGCAGGGGCCUCACAACCGGCCGCUUUUUGCUAUCCCAAGGAUGCGGCCUGGAAGAAGAGCACAGCUUCAGGGUUCCGGGAUUACGUGGCUCUGGGGAUGUGCUGAUUCUAGGCCAGUGUUGCCGACUGAAGCGUCGUGGGAAAACACGGAACUUCAGGAGCAGUGGAUUAGCUGCCAGGGGUGUGUGUCCGGACAGCUGUGCCUUUUUGGUGUCAAUUCUCCGGGCACAGAGUUUGGAAAAAGUGACACAACAGACUAUAACAUCGUAAAUCAGGUUCUUUUUGAAGACCCUGACCUGGAGUUACACGCGGGCUUCGGUUCUUUGUGGGAAUGGGACCCAUUCUCGGGGUUCCAUGACUGGCUGCUAUUCGACAUGCCAAGGGUUUGGAAGCCUAAGAUCUCGGGGCUCUGGAGACAGGCGGAUCAAGGGUCGGUGUCACGGCCAGAGACUCAUGUGUCAUCGGGGAGGCUGGAAAAUCUCUCGCUGUGGGCCAGAAGACCCAAGGUCUUUGCGAUUUUCAGACACAGAGCUUGAGAAAAGCAACAAAGUGGACUUUUAACAUCGUAAACCAGUGGGUUGUUGAAUUUUGGAUGAAAUGCGAAGCCUUUGGGGUAACUUUGGUCUGUGUCUUUGCUAUUGCUUAGCACACACUUGGGCUCGGUGAUGGUACCGAUGCGCGUUU